AUGCCCCAACCCGACGAAGCAAGAAGAGACGUCCUAAUCUCAAAAGCUCUCUCAUACUUGCUCCGACACGGAGCAAUCAAGGAAAAACUAACCAUCAACGACCAAGGCUACAUCCCCAUUCCUCAACUUCUAACUCAUCAACGCUUAAAAUCCUACAAAACGACACGCCAAGAUCUCGAACGAAUCGUAGCCAACAACGACAAACAACGGUUCAAAAUCGAUCACGAAAACGAUUUAAUCUGUGCCACCCAGGGCCAUUCGAUCAAACAAAUUGCCGGUGAAUUGCAAUUGAUGAGUCGCGAUGAGUUGAAAGAGUUACACAUUUAUCAUGGCACAUACAAGAAGAAACUUCUUCUAAUCCAACAACUGGGGGGCCUAAGUCGAAUGAAUAGAAACCAUAUUCAUUUCACUUGUGAUGAGUAUCUGGCAAUUUCGGGAAUUAGGAAAAAUGCCAAUUGUUUAGUAUAUGUUGAUGUGGAAAAGUGUGUUGAUCAAGGACUACAAUUUUACAAAAGUGACAAUAAUGUUAUCCUUUGUUCUGGUGAUGAAAAUGGAAUAAUUGGAUGGGACUUGAUUGAAAAAGUGGAGGAUAUAUCUAAAGAAAAGACGUAG